AUGUGGGGUGCCAAGGGGGAGGAGAAGGCCGGCGGCGCCUGCGAGGAAUGGAGCUACCAGCUGGGGAACAAGGAUACGCUGAGUUUGAAACCUCCAAAGAAGUCACCCCUCGCGUUGAGAAUGGUUGUUCUCACCAUGACUAUGAUCUGUGGGGUGUUUAUUUGCUCAAUGUGUAUGAAGCAACUAGGAAGCGACAGCUGGUCAAGGAUAGUGAAGAUUCAAGUUGCAGAACAGUCCUGCAAUAAGUCUUUAAUUCCUCCUUCUGAGGUUCAGUUUGUGCAUUAUCCACAACCACUAAAUUACAGCAGGAAAGAAUGCAUCUGUACCCCUGUCCGCUUCUUUGCAAUUAUCUCAUCGCAGCGGUCUGGAAGCGGCUGGUUCGAAACCCUUCUAAACAGUCACAUAAAUGUUAGCUCUAAUGGAGAAAUCUUCUCGAAGAAAGAAAGGAGGAGUAAUGUUUCAUCUAUAAUAAAGACAAUGGACAUGGUGUAUAACUUGGAUUGGAAUAGUAGUGCUUCCAAGAAUGAGUGCACUGCUGCUGCUGGCUUCAAAUGGAUGCUUAAUCAGGGUCUCGUGGCAAAUCACGCUGCUGUGGUUGAUUACUUCAACCAAAGAGGAGUGUCUGUGAUAUUUCUGUUCAGAAGGAAUCUCCUCCGUCAGAUGGUAUCGCAACUAGCAAACAAUCAUGACAGAUACCUUAAGCAAUUAAAAGGAAAACACAAGGCCCAUGUGCACACAAAAGAUGAGGCGAAUAUACUUGCAAAAUACAAGCCCAGGCUCAACACAACAACAUUAUUGUGGAGUCUGAAACAGGCAGAUGAUUACACUUGCAAAGCUCUUGAAAACCUAAAGAGCGUCCGUCACAUUACAUUGUACUAUGAGGAUCUCAUCCAAAACAGAACUAUGCUUGUUGAGGUGCUGGAUUUCCUCAAAGUGCCAGCGAGGAAACUAGUCAGCCGGCAUGUGAAGAUACACACGAAACCACUGUCGGAUCAAAUUGAAAACUGGGAUGAAGUCUAUAAUGCCCUGAAUGGCACCAAGUUUGAAAGUUUCUUGAAUGCUGACUACCGAACAUGA